AUGCCGCCGGCGCGGAUGAUGCCCAUGGGCGCCGCGGCGAGCAGCGUGCUGUGGCGGGCGCACAAGCGCGGCCGCGAAGACCAUCUCCUUUUGUCGCCGCCGGUGUCAAAGAGGGAGAGGGAGUGGGAGGCGACGUCGUCGUCUUACCCUUACCCUCCAACCCCAGUCUUUCCAGCUGCCGUCGGCGGCGCCGGCGCGGCCUCCAUGGUGCCGACGAGGGGACGACGGUUCAUGCCUAUGCCCGAGGGUCUUCUUGCAGGCUGUGAAGAGCGGCUCCGGAGACUCUCGCUUGUGGCGGGGUCUCCAGCGGCGGCGGCUGCUUCGCCGUGGCCGCCGGCGCCGUCAUCGGAUGCGACGAGGCGGGCGGUCCCGGUGGAGCGCGACCUGAUCUCGAAGCUGCAGUUCCCCAAGGUCAUCAAGCCUCGCCCCGCUCGCCCGCUGUGGACCACCAUCUGCAUCGACUCCAGCAACAUCGCCGUCGGUGGAGGCGUCGCGUACCCGGAGACGGUGUCCGUGUCCAACAAGACGGCGAGGGAGGUGGAGACCGAACUGGAGCUCCCGGGCGCGCUUCCGUCCGUCGUGUCUGGCCACCACAACAACCGUGUCCACCUGGUGAACGACGCGUACAAGGCCAUGGUGGGGCAGCCGGUGUGCCCAUGGCUCGACUCCCUGCCAGGCGCCGGCGCGUCGAGGAGGAUCAAUGGCAUAGUGGCGCUUGAUGUGCGGACGUUCGGCCCCGCGCCUUGCCUGCCGAAUGCCGGAUCAGACGCCUUCCCGUGCACCGCGAGGAUCACGUGGGAGCACGGUGGCGGCAGCGCCAUGGCCUCCCUCACCGUGCCGUGCACCGUUGAGCACCUGAUCGGCAGAUCCGGUGACUAUCGCUACGUCUGGAGGUUUGACUCCAGCAGAGCGUCCAUCAUGUACUGCAUCACAUGA